AAGAAUUCGUAUUUCCGUCUUCUGGAAUUUAUUUAUAAAUGGAAAAAUUAUUGUUAAAAUAUUGUUUUAGCUUUCCGAACGGUUGCGAAGAUUACCAAGACACAAUAUGGUUAACCAAGUGAUCACCAAAACCAGAGGUUCCUGACUGCCAUAAGAUGGGUCUCUGCUUCUCCGGUGCUCCGUCUCUUCAUUCCUCCUCUCUCAACCGCCAUGACUCUCCGGGUUCAUCAGACAUUCACGGCAGCAACUUCGAGUUCUGCGGAACCACCACAACCACCACGAUGAGAAAGACUCAGUUUUCCGUGAGAGAAAGCAUCGACAGCGAAUGCUCUCCUCUCCCUUUUCCCGAAGGCCAAAUUCUGAAAUGGCCUGAGUUGAAGGUGUUCAGUUUUGAGGAGCUGAAAUCUGCGACAGGGAAUUUCAGGUCCGACAGAUUGAUCGGUGAAGGUGGGUUUGGCAGAGUUUACAAGGGAUGGUUGGAUGAGAACAACCUCAUCCCCGCUAAACCAGGCUCUGGAGUGGUAGUUGCCAUCAAAAUGUUCAACCCGGAAGGUUUACAAGGGUUUUCACAGUGGCAGUCUGAGGUAAAUGUUUUAGGAAGGCUUUCUCACCCCAACUUGGUGAGGUUAUUGGGUUACUGUUGGGACGAGGAUCAGUUUCUUCUUGUGUAUGAGUUUAUGCCAAAGGGAAGCUUAGAGAGUCAUCUAUUCACAAGAAGUAAUAGCAUGGAGCCGCUUUCUUGGAACACCCGGCUUAAAAUAGUUAUCGGUGCAGCUCGGGGAUUAGCUUUCUUGCACGACAACGAAAAUUUAGUCAUAUUCAGAGAUUUCAAGACCUCAAAUGUACUUCUCGACAGGAAUUACAAUGCAAAAAUAUCAGAUUUUGGCUUGGCCAGAAAAGGACUAUCUGGGGGACAAUCACAGGCUACCAGGAUCAUGGGCACAUAUGGUUAUGCCGCUCCAGAAUAUGUCGCAACAGGGGACUUGUAUGUGAAUAGUGAUGUGUAUGGAUUUGGUGUGGUGCUUCUUGAAAUACUUACAGGCAUGAGGGUAAUUGACAAAAGAAGGCCAACAGAGCAACAGAACCUGGUUGAAUGGAGAAAACCAUGUCUCUCUUCCAAAAAGAAGUUGAAAAGCAUUAUGGAUGGUAGGAUAAAGGGUCAAUAUUCAACCAAGGCUGCUUUAGAAACAGCAAAACUUACUCUGAAAUGCCUAAAGCCUGACCCUAGACAACGUCCUUCAAUGAAACAAGUACUUGAGCGAUUGGAAGCCAUUGAAGAUAUUCAUUGAUAUCCCAACUUAGAUAAUAAUUUAACUUCUCAUACUAGUAUUGAAAUGGUUAAAAUUAAAAAAAAAAAAAAGAGUGGAAAAUACCAAUUCCAGCAAUUGAGCAAGUUAGAACUCUGCAAUUCAAGACUAUGCUGUCAUGACGUUGGCUAUGAUUUGUACUGUUGGGUGUGCUUGUUUCAAGGAGCUCCAUUAGAUUUUGUUCUUUUGAAACGAAUUACUAUUAGAAUAGAUGAGGAGAGAUGAAUUUACGAAUAAAUAAUGUAUUUGUAUUUAAUGAUUUGUGUAGAAAACAGAGUAAUGAUUUGCAGGAUUAAGAUAUUAA